AUGUCGUAUGCACCGAACUUUCCACAGCAGCCAUCAUAUGGACAUUCUUACCAACAGAAUGCUGAUAGUUUUUCCCAUCCAGCUCAACCACCUAGUCAACACAUUCCUCAACAGGCUGGUAUUGCUAAGCCUGCUCUAGCAUCAGGGCAACCACAAAUGAAUCAUAACACUAUAACUCAACAACCGUUUCCUAAUCACUUAAAUCAGUCCAAACCAGGAACUCCUCUCCCUCAUGGGCAACACGCACAACCUGGCCCUCUGCCCGGUCAUCAGGCUGGGUACGCUAACCCAAUGAGAGCUGCAGGUACUCCUGCUCCAGUUUUCCCACAAAACCCUCAGCCACAAGGCUUCUCUCAAGUUGGACAACCUCAAGGGUUUCCUCAACCUGGACCGCCUUUGCAAGCUCAGAGAUUCCCUCAACCAGGACAACCUCCUCAACCGGGACAACUUUCUCAACCGGGACAACUUCCCCAACCGGGACAACCUCCUCAGCCGGGACAACCUCCUCAACCGGGACAACCUCCUCAACCGCAAGGGUUUUCUCAACCAGGCCAAUUUUCGCAACCACAAGGAUUCCCACAGUCCGGACAAGCUCAACCUCAAGCUUUUGCUCCUCCUGGACAGCCUCCUCAUCCUCAGGGAUUCCCUCAGCCAGGACAGCCGCCACAACCGCAAGGUUACCAACAACCGUUUCAACCUGCGGGACAAACAAACGUCCCUUCUCAGCAACCAGGAUACCCACAGAAUCCAGUUCCACCAGGACCUCCUGUAUAUCAAAAUGCAGCACAAUCUCAAGCAGCAGGCCAAUAUCCUGGACCUCAAAACCCGAUGGCAGGUCUACCUAAUGGAACUCCUGGCGGAUUUCCUGCUAUGCCUUCAUUCCCUGGAUCAAAUGCUGGUCCUCAAGGCUUUCCCCAACCGGGACCUCCCGGACAACCUGGAAUGCCUAACCUCCCCGGAGGAAUGCCCCCAAAUCAACCAGGCUUUGCUGCAGGGCCUCCAGGUAUGCCGGGGUCUGGGAUGCCUGGGGGUUAUCCCGGUGCUCCUCAAAGACAACGCUUGGAUCCAAAUAUGAUGCCCAGCGCGGUUGCUGUUAUGGAAGAUGACGCAGCCACAAGAAGUGGUGUUUUCCCAACUGGAUAUCCACAAGCUGAGCUUCCUCCCUUUGUUUCAACUAACUUCUUUGCUCAAGAUCAAGGAAACUGUAACCCUCGCUACAUGCGAUCAACCAUAUAUGUUGCACCAUCCUCAAAUGAUGUUCUGAAAACUUCUCAGAUACCAUUUGCUGUUGCGUGUUCACCUUUUGCUAAACUUCAUCAAAACGAGGUUUCUCCACCAGUUAUUGACUUGGGUCCUGGAGGACCCGUUCGUUGUCAACGAUGUAAGGCAUAUAUGUGUCCAUUUAUGGAGUUUCAAGAUGGAGGAAGGCGUUUCCGUUGUCCUUUCUGUACUGCUACGACUGGAGUCGAAGAUGUUUAUUUUGCUCAUUUGGAUCACACUGGGCGUCGAACUGAUAUCGAGCACAGACCAGAACUUUUCCUGGGCGGUUACGAAUUCGUCGCUACGAAACAAUAUUGCAAAAAUGGCUUACCUCCCAAAGAACCUGCUUUCAUAUUCAUGAUUGAUGUUUCGUACAAUUCUAUUAAAAAUGGGAUGGUUCAUGUUUUGUGCUCAAACCUAGAGAGGUUUUUGAAAGAUCUUCCCAGAGAGCUCAAUCAACCAGAGUCAAGCAUACGAGUUGGUUUAGCAACUUUUGAUCAAGCUGUUCAUUUUUAUGAUUUAUCAUCUUCUAAACCAAGCAUGUUAGUAGUCGGGGAUGUUAGCGAAAUGUUUGUUCCAAUUGUUGAUGGGCUGCUUCUCCCAUACAAUCAAGCAAUAGUUGGUAUUAGGGCAGUUCUGGCUGAAAUCCCCAAGCUGUUCUCGACAAGCAAAGGUACUGAAACAAUUCUUGGCCCUGUGGUUCAUGCUGGUUUGGAUGCUCUCAAGUGUGCUGAUCGUGCUGGAAAGCUUUUCAUUUUUACUAGCGGUUUGCCUACAUUCGAAGCUCCUGGCAAGCUCAAAACUAAAAAUGAAAGACCUUUGCUAGGAACAGAUAAAGAAAAGACUGCACUUUCACCCCAGGCCGAAUUUUAUACCAAAGCUGCCGAACAAUGUGUUAAGGCUGGUGUUACUAUUGACUUGUUCGUAUUCCCAAAUGCAUUCAUCGAUAUCGCUACAGUCGGUCAACUAACUGCUGUUACUGGUGGCAGUUUGUACAAAUAUAUGUAUUUUACUCCUGAAAAGGAUGCUAAGCGAUUCCUUAGCGAUCUACACCAUGGUAUAUCAAGAAAGAUUGGGUUCGAUUGUAUGGUACGCAUUAGAACGAGUGCUGGAAUACGACCAGUUUCAUUCUUGGGCUCCUUCUACAUGGAAAAUUCAACAGAUUUAGAAAUUGCCUCUUUAGAUGAGGACAAGACGUUCUUUGCUGAAAUCAAACAUGAUGAUAAGCUCAAUGAGAAUUCUGCAAUCAUCCAAUGUGCUGUUUUAUACACAUCAUGCAGCGGUCAAAGGCGUCUUCGAAUUCUUAAUAUUUGUCUUCCCGUCUCUAGCGAUUACAAUCAACUGUUUAGAUUAGCUGAUCACAACACUCUUGCUACCUAUUUGUUCAAGCAAGCUGUACAAAUAAACAGAGAGAAAGGAAUUAAGGAAGUCAAGGAAGUCUUGUCUUCUAGAUCUGCGCACAUUUUGGCUACUUAUCGCGAGAAAUGUAGCGAAAACGCUCCGAUGGGGCAACUUAUUCUUCCUGAAUCAUUGAAAUUGCUGCCAUUAAUUGUUAACUCUAUUUUAAAGAAUGAUUCUGUUAGUGGAGGAGCUGAGCUAACUGUCGAUGAUAAGGCGUGGAUGAUAGAGUUGAUAAGAGCUAUCGGAAUCCCAGAUGCUAUGAGAAUCCUGUACCCUAAAGUUAUUCCCGUAUCGAAUCUUGAAAUUAAUGAUCCUUCCGAGCCUUUCAUUCUUCCUCCUGCUGUACGAGCUAGCACGGAGUAUCUACCCAACGACAAGGCUUUCCUCAUUGAUAAUGGAAUUGCGAUGUUCUUGUGGAUUGGCUUGGGUACUAGUGAAUCAUGGAUAGUUGAUUGUUUCGAAGCUAAUUCUGUUUCGCACAUGGAUACUGAAACUCACAUCAUUCCUGAGAAGGACAAUGCUAAGUCUCGAGCCUUACGAACAGCAAUUCAGCUUCUCGAGCAAGAAGGAUCAAGAACAAGAAAGCUGUUCAUCAUCAAAGAAAAAGAUGCACUCGAACCAUGGAUGAAGAAGUUCUUGGUCGAGGAUAAGUCUUGUCCAAACUCUAUGUCCUACGUCGACUUCCUCUGUCAUGUUCAUAGAGAAAUUCGUAAUGUAUUGUCUUAA